AUGAAUUCGGAGCGCGUCCUGGGGCCUCGCUGGUCGCUCAAGGAGCUGCGCACGUUCUACAUCCUGCUCAAGGCGCACGGGAGGCAGUGGGAGAAGCUGGAGGAGCGCCUGCCGCUGCGCUCGGGGGCCAUGGUGCGCGCGCUGUUCGAGAUGCACCGCGGCUAUUUGUCGCUGCCCGAGGCGUCGGUCGAGGGCUUCUGCGCCAUUAUGAUGGACCACUACGAAAUGCAGGACGAGCUGCAGCAGCAGAGAGAUUCGGCCAAUCAGAGACCGCCACAGGGUCUAAAAGGCCAGGACGCAGACGGAGACGUCGAGAUGGCGGACGUCAAGCAGGAGCAACAGGAGCAACAGGAGCAGCAGGACGAGCCGGCGGCCAGGAGCAGGAAGAAGCGGCGGCUCGAUAAACUUCUGGCCACGGACCAAUUGGCGACGCUGAGGAUUAGAGCUGAAGGAGACGUGCAGGUGGAGGAUCAGAGGACGGCGGGGGACACUACGAAACAGAGGGGCAGGAAGAACCCCAUGCCCACGCGAUCGAGGGUGUGGCUGCCUCGAGAACUGGGGGACGACUCGGGGCUUGGAAAGGUGCAGGGCGCGAGGUUUGACCUGCCCUGGACCCACUGGUUCUACUCGUACGUGGACGUGGACUUCUUUAGACAUAACGAGUUCAUCGAGUGUCUGAGUGGCAUGGGGCUCGGAAAGAUUACAACGGCGGCGAGACCGAUUUGGUCGUCGGUGCGAGCUUCUAUGGGGCGACCGAGGCGUCUUAGCCGCUUGUUUUUCGCCCAGGAGAAAGAGAAGCUUGAGUCUUACCGAGCGGUUAAACGUCGACUGGACCCUGCGCAAUUGCCAUCUGAUAGAACGUGGCCGUAUCGGUGCGCAAUUCCGCUACGAGCUGGAGUUGCAGUGAUCGUCUGGGUGGAGGUUGAACGACGCUUUCGGCUGGCUACUGUGGCUGCUUUUCACGCGACUGAAGACACCUGUCAAGUGUUUUACUGUGGUAACAUUUCACGACUGGAAGCAGUCACGUGCAGCUUGGACAACGUAAUGGUAUUGGACUUUCCCCCGUGGGCACGAAACAAUGAAACUAGCAGUCCAGAACCGAAACUAGCUGCAACGACUCUGCUUCGACGUGAGAGUGUGCCUCGUGGGAUUGGCCCACCGCUUGCUGCACCAAAAGCGACUGGCUCAGUUGGUGAUCGGUUCCGCGAAGAGAAAAUCCAUGUUGUCCUCGCCGUAAAAACUCUACUGCAUCGCAAGGAGAAGAUUAUCGCAGCAAUGGCUGCCUUGAACGGACGUGUCGCCAAACAGCAGACGCAGCUGCACGAGAAGAACGCCAUGAAGUCGAGUCUGUGGACAACUCCUACGGCAUUUUCGUCUGCAGCCGUGAAGGAUCUCGCAUGGGCCAACUCACGUGAUAAGGAUCAGCUGCAGAAACAGCACUCGUGGCUCACUGCAAAUCUGGAUGCCACGAAUGCACACCUGAAGGCUGCGCUAUUAAGCCUCCAGUCUUUCUCCUCGAACGAGCCGGUCGAUGAGGAUCAAAUGCGCUGGGCGAUCGAUUUCUUGACUGCGAGUCAGCAGAAAGCCACUAGCGUGGUCGCUGAGUCAGCAUUGCAAGUCGUCAACGAAGACAAAGCACUGUCGAGCUUAAACGCUCCAGCUAACGACAUUCACCUAGGAAGAGUGCUGCCCGAGACGAUGCAACUUGUCGCCAACUGCGUCACCUUGAUGAGCGUUCUCCACCGUCACGUCUCGGCAUCGCCCGACGUACCCCCAGUUGUCACGCAAAAGCUUGUGGAGCGCGUACUUGAACUGCUGAAACCCUGUCACGAGGCCAAUAUGGAUCUUUACGCUGAGCUCCGCACAGCGGCGGAGGCUGCACAAGCUCAAAUGGCAUUGCAGACUUCGACAACUGAGCCCGAAUAA